GCGCGUGGGCAGCGCCACACAUGCACAGGACACGGCCCAGCUGGCACUGCGGGGCGGGGAGCAGAGAGGGGCUGGUAGCAGAUCCCUGCCCCCCCUCCUUGGCCCCCGGCACUCAGCAGCGAGUGGCACAGAGCAAGAGGGCUCUGCUGGCGGCUCCCCAGAGCUGGGCGCAGCCAGGACCUGCGAGGCUGGGCUGGACACCCCCACCCCUGUGGUUCGUGUUGCCAUGGCACCUGGGGGUCCUGCUCUGCUCCUCCUCCUCCUCCUCCUCACUGCCCUCCCCAGAGGUGCCCCUCAGGUCUUCGUGGAGGAGCCGGACAACACAACGGUGCGGGCCGGGGGGGAGGCGGCACUGCGGUGUCGGGUGCAUUCCCUGGCUGGACUGGCCCAGUGGGCCAAGGAUGGGCUCCUGCUGGGGCCCAGCCGGAGCCUCCCCGGCUUCCCCCGCUACAGCUUGACUGGUGACGCCAGCAAAGGGGAGCUCCACCUGCGUAUCGUGGGGGCGCGGCUGGAGGACGAUGGGCGCUACGAGUGCCAGGCCGGGCCGGGUCCCGACGGCCACGCAUGGGUGUCCCGGCCCGCCCUGCUCACUGUGCUAGUGCCCCCACAGCCCCCCGUGUUCACGGAGCAGAAGCCUGACAGCAUCGUGACGUGGGUGGCAGGAGAGGAGCAGACAGUCACAUGCAGCGCCCCCGACGCCCAGCCCCCCGCCCAGGUCACCCUGGCCCGUGGGGACCAGCCCCUCCCUGAAGCCUCGUCCCAUGUGGAGCCAGGGUCCCAUGAGAAGCUGUCGACCACCAAGGCCACAGUCAGGUUCACCCCUGAGAUCUUGGACAAUGGGCGCCGCCUGCUCUGCGAGGCCCUGAACGAGGCCAUCUCAACUCCCCUCCUUAGCAGCUUCAUCAUGAACAUCCUCUACCCACCCCAGCCGCCCACCAUUGAGGGGCUGCAGAGGUCAGAGGUCAAGGCUGGGGAAAUCCUGAAGCUGACCUGUGUCUCCGUGGGGGGGAACCCCUUGGCCACGCUGCAGUGGAUAAAGGCGGGGGCCGUGGUGUCCACGACCUGGGCGACGGCCGGGGGGGCUGGGGCCUCCCGUAGCACCCUGAUCCUGACGGUGCAGCCCGAGGACCACGGGGCAGUGCUGAGCUGCGAGCACUCCCCCCCAGGUGCCCCCCCAGACCCGCCAGCCGAGGUGAUGCUGCAUGGCGUGGGCAGCGCACCUGAGAAUGGGACCCUGGACCUGUCGUGCUCGGCUGGGCCCAGCCGUCCCCCCGCAGCGCUGCGCUGGUGGUUGGGGGGGCGCGAGCUGCCCCCCUCCAAUGGCAGUAUCAUCCCGGACGCACAUGGCGGCGCGGUGACGGUGUCCAACGUGUCGGUGCUGGCACGGCGCAGCGCGGACGGCCUGGCCCUGACGUGCGAGGCCUUCAACAGUGCCCUGCGCCUCUCCCGUGCUGCCAGCCUCGUGCUCGCCAUCACCUACCCUCCCGAGCGGCUUUGGCUGGAGGUCCCGCCCCCAGAGCCACCCCUCAGGGCCGGCACCGUGCUGCGCCUGCGCUGUUAUGUCACCGGUGGGAGCCCCACCCCCCGCCUCAUCUGGAUUAAGGACUCCCGGGUGCUGCGGGAAGGGACGCAGGUGUCUUCGGGCCGGACAGUCUCCAAGGAGCUGCUGCUGACUGCGGCCCCAAGCGACAACAUGGCAGCCUAUCGCUGCAAUGCCUCCAAUGACGCCAAGGGGGCCCCACUCAGCGCCCUCACCCGCCUGCGCGUCCAGUUCCCUCCGAUCCAGGUGAAGAUCACACCCUCGCCCCCUGAGGUGCGACGGGGCCAGGCCUUGACCCUGACCUGCGUGGCCGGGAGCGCCAACCCCUUUGCCACCAUCACCUGGUUCAAGGAGGGCAAGAGGCUGCAGGGCACGGACCUGGGUCGCCGGGCUGCUGAGUACGGUGGCAUCUCUACCUCAGGCCGAGUCUCCCUUGUGGUGUCGACAACUGACAACGGCCAACGAGUGACCUGCCAGGCCCAGAGCCCGAUCCUGGGAGAGGCCAUGAACACCUUCUACCAGCUGGACGUCAAGUACCCUCCCGAGUUCUCUGCAGAACAGCCGGGGCUGGUGGUGGGGCAGGAGCAUGGAGCGGUGGAGCUGCCCCUGCUGGUGUCUGGGAACCCCCCUGACCUCACCUGCACCUGGAGUUUCCGGGGCAAGGACCUGAUUCCAGAGGGGUCCCCGCGCCACCACCAGGUGGGCCCGGGGAAGUCGCUGGCUGUGUGGAAUGUGACACGGGCGGAUGCAGGGCCCUACCGCGCCCAGUGCAGCAACGAGGAAGGCGCCAACGAGACCCUCUUGCACCUCGUUGUCCACUAUGCGCCGUCCAUCCGCAGCCUGAGUGACCCGAUGGUGGUGGCCGAAGGGGCCGCCGCCGAGAUUGUCUGCAUGGCUGACGCUGUCCCAGCCCCCCCCGGCAUGUUCCAGUGGACCUGGCAGGGUCCAGAGGAGCGGGACCUGGACGACUUGGAGGCGGUGGCGGUGGGUGCCGUGGGGCGACUACGGGUCCCGGCGGCGCGGCGUGACCAGGCUGGGCGCUAUGAGUGCCGUGUGGACAACGGGGUUGGAGCACCAGCCCGCGCCAGUGCCCGCCUCAUCGUCCACUGUGCGCCCGGGGCAGGGCCAGGGAGGGAGUGUGGCCUAGAGAGUGGAUGGGGCCACAGGGAGGAGGCGGGGCCUUCCAGAGCAGGGGUAGAUUCUAGGAGGGGCGGGGCCAACAGAGGGGCGGGCCUCCCAAGUCAUGUCUCAGGAGAGGUGGGGCCUCCACAGAGGCAAGGUCCCUGGAGGUGGAGGGGGAGAGCCUCAGGAGGAGAGGGUCGCUGGGGCGGGCCUCCUGGAAAGAGGCGGAACUUGCAGAGGCAGGGGCGUGGCCUGACAGAUCUCCAUCCCCCAGUCCCCCCAGAGCUGGAGCGAGGCCCGGGCUGGGAGAAGGUGGCAGUGCCAGGGGACGGGUCGGCCAUGGCCGUGCUGCGCUGUCGGGCCCGGGGGGUCCCAGGCGUGGAGCUGAGCUGGACCAAGGAUGGCACUGCCCUGGACCCGGAAGAGCCCCGGUACUCCACGCGCUCGUGGCGGGAGGGGCCGUGGUACCGCAGCGACCUUGUCAUCGCCAACGUCAGUGCUGCGGCCGACUAUGCCAUGUUCAUCUGUACUGCGGCCAACACUCUUGGCAGUGCCCGCCUGGACGUCCAGCUGCUCAGCACCAGCCACCCCGACCCUCCCACAGGGCUGCAGGUUGUGGGGGUGACCCCCACCUCUGUGUCACUGGCCUGGACCCCUGGCUUCGAUGGGGGGCUGCGCCAGCAGUUCCGAAUCAGGUACCGCUGGCCAGGGGCCCCCAGUGCCUCCUACGUGGAUGUGUUUCCAGGGGCCGCAUCCGCCUUUACCCUCACUUCGCUCCACCCGGGGAUGCCCUACAGCCUGGCUGUGACCUCCCGCAAUGCCCUGGGCGAGAGCCCGCCCACCCCGGAGCUGCACAUCACCACCCACGAGCUGCUGGGGGAGCCCCCCCCAGAGGAGGAGCCCACAUUGCCCCCCCCUGAAGAAGGUCCCGCCCCAUGGCCUUACCCCCCACACCACUAUGAGGACCUGCUGGAGCCUUACGAGGAGGUGGGGGUCUCCCCGGCUCCCCCGGCCCGCUGGGGCCUGGCACCGUGGGGGGGCCCCGAGGACCCCUGGGGCAUCUAUGACCGCGUAGCUGAAACGGCGCUCCCUGGGCCUGGGGGGGUCUCUGAGCUGCCCUUCGAGCUGCGUGGGGAGCUGGUGUGA